AUUAAAACACUUCCAAUGCUCAGUACUCCCAAAUCACCUUCCUCACUCUUUGGCAGCAAUGGUACUCUCAUUCUCACCUUCCUCUCAGCAAACCUAAAUUCUCAACAAACCUAAAUUCUCCAAGAAUAUUUUCUUCGACAUUGCUAACCCAAAUCCCGAAUCCCCAAAGUCCGUUGCGCUAGCAGUCACCUUCCUUUCUGCGUCUGCUAAACUCACUCUCAUCAAACCUUAUACUAUUGCUAACCCAAAUCCCCUAAGUCCUCAAAUCUCGCUUUCUAACCAGCAAAUCACCAGCAAACGUUCAUCAAAUCUCGAUUGCUAACCCAAAACUCCAAAAUCCCCUAAGUCCCAAACUCCAUUUGUGUCAUUGCUGUUUAUUUCACUGGAAGGUGUAGAAAAUAUUUUAAAUCGCGAGAAAGUUUCGACCCAAAAGGCAAUCAGUGAGAAAUCAACUUCAGGAUAUCUAUGGAUAAUGGUGAUAAAAGUUGGAUGAAUCUCCUGAGAUGGACGGAUGUAUGUAUAACUUAUUACAUGCAACACUCUUUGCUUCGUCGUUGACAACAAAAACAGUAUUGAAAGCUAUAAGGUCAAAUGCAAAUGAAGAACGACAAUCCAAAGGUGGAUCUCAAUUGCAAGAACAAGUGCAGCAAGUGCCACAGAAUUGCACCUCUUCAGCAACACAAGGAGUACAUGAACAAGUGCAACAAGCGAAUAUGGAUUCCAUCACUCCUGCAUCACAGGGAGUACAUGAACGAUCUAAUGAUUCUACCAAUCAUGAAGCAAUUGAACAAUUUGAGGAACAAGGCCCCUCCUCGCCAAAGAGAAAAAGAGGUCGUACUCAAAUGCCAAGUGUUCAUGUUAGAAAGGAGCGUAAAAUAAUCAUUCUAAAUGAGUUUAAUCAACCCGUUGGUCCUACUAAGGAGGUUGUAAAAGAGUUGGGUAGCUUCCUCGGCACGUUGGCAAGGAGUGAGACUUUUUGUCCUCUUAAUGUAUUUAAUUGGAGGAAACUAGACACAAAAGAUGAUAUGUGGAAAUAUAUCAAGGAAAAAUAUGACAUUCCUGGCGAGGCGAAGAAAUGGGUUUUUGAAGCAGUUUGUAGUGCUUGGAGAAAGUUAAGAGUCAAUUGAAGACAACCCACUUCACAGCCUAUGAGAAUAAUGAGCUUCGAAUGGAGAAUAGGCCACUAGAUGUUCCGAAAUCUCACUUUAAGGAACUUCUUAAAUAUUGAAACUCCGAUCCUCACAAGGUAACUACAGCACUGUUAUUAUGAUUACAUACUUGAAACCUUUUGAGUGGACUGUUAUCUAACGAGGCAUGAUGUGUUGUUUAUUUGGAAUUAUAUUGAUAACUCUGAAUCUCAUGCUUAGCCUUUGGUAGUUCCUGACCCUAUUAUCUCAGAUUAUCCAUGUGUCUAGGUCCUAAUACAUGAAUCGCUUGCAUAAGGUUUAAGACAUGAAGUUUGACACUUGUUUAGGAAGAAAACCUAGAAUUCUUAGUUGUUAUGCACUGUGUCUUGUUAAGAAAAGGAAGAGAACUAGUCUUUGAAGCUAAGAUUUAAUGACAUCCUCUUCAAAGAGUUUGGCAUCCCCUAGAUAUUCACAACCAAACAUACAGACACAUUUAGACAAAAUGAUGAAUGUUAUAGCUUAAAAAUAAAAAAAGCACAAGCAGAAUGAAAUUCUUGUUUUCUUGCAAAAGAAUUUUCUUGUAAAUUAAAUAUAAGUAAGGUUAUAUAAUAGGCAGAUUUUCCCCACAAUUUGUUCUUAUAACUGACAGAUAUACGUCAAAGGUUCACAUCAUUUAUAACCAUAUGAAUGAGAGACUUGCAUUGCUCUGAUGAAUGGUCAACUGCAUUGCCCUGAUCAUUCCUAGAUACUCCAUUUUGGGUAGUUACAGGAUCAGCACUUGGUGCACUUAGAACUUAAGCAAAUCCUCUAGGGAAAUUUUUAGGAAAACCAAAUAAUGGAAAGAAUAUGCAUUCCAUUUCAUCUAUCUCCGUCAUACUUAGUAAUUCAUUUUAUUUGUAUAUUUGUGAUUGUGGCCAUUAUGACAUGGUUAACUUCUAAUCGGAUAACAUUUAGCGGAUAUGUUAGAUUUUUUAUCUACAUAAAUUAUACACGUAUUUGGUUUGUAGCUACUAGAGAUGUAGGCAAAACAUAUAUAGAAGCCUUACAGGCUUAUAGUAUUAUUGCGCGGAUAUGUGGCAGUAAGCUCUCUGAACCUACAAACACUGAAGAGAAGAUUCUCAAAAUUGUAUCCUGCAUAUUCUUCAGUGAGUUCCCUGCCUCUUUACACUUUCUUGUCUGCCUGCAUAAAGCAUGGAAAAAGAAAUAGCAUAAGCAUAAUAUCAUAGAAAUGAUACAAGAUUUCAACAGUGCAAUUGGAAAAGAAUGCCAAGAGAUAAUGUUCACCAUUAAUAUACGCAAAUCAUUAAGUCUUUACGAAUUGACUGUGCAGAAGUAAGUAACUAAUACUAGCUAGUUCCAAUUUUAAAUAUAUUGAGUUAUUAAGAAUACUUUAAUUCAAAUUUCUUUAUGCAUCCAAGGACAUUUGUAUGAUUUUUAAGUUGUUAUUACUGAAAUGUAGUGAAAGAACUGUUGAUAAAUGUUGUUUAUUGAUCAUUUUCACCGUUCAGUUAAAUCGACAUUAGCUUGCUUAGCAAUAUAUUUGUUGUUUCUAAAUUGUUGUCAAAUUUCAGUACCAGGAUUGUUUGAAAAUGAUUCAUUAUUGUCAAAUAAGAAUGUUGUUGGCUAUCAGGUACCACAACUACUUGGCUUAACCUAGUGGUUUAAAGUAGUUCGCUGUAGGAAGUUUUGAAGUAUCAGUUUUAGAAAUACUCAUGUCUCUGGAAACUGCAAGCUUCUUGUUCUUUCCUUACUUUUUUCAACCGUGAUAUGAGAACGAGUAAGUAAAGACUCCAGCACUAUCUGAGUAUUCUUAGACCGGAUUCUCUUGAAGGAUAAUAACUUUAUUUAUCCUCUUUUGUAGGUGGAGUAGAUCAAGAAAUGGAUGAUGAACACGAUGAAGAACUAGACCUUACU